AAGUACAACGAGAGCACGGGCAACAUGUCAUACAUUCACAUAUCGCACCUUCGCCGCUUAGGGGUGCGUGCCGGUUGUCGCUACGUCAUUCCGUAUGGACUACGUCUCCGUAAGCCGCGCAUUUCCGAUCAGAUACAUGCGCCCAAGGCGGCUGCGAAAAUCUAAACGGAAAAGCGAAAACUUUCCUGGCUACCAACAACGUCAGUAAAACAGGAGUACACCGUAGAAAAAACCAAGUGGAUCGCUUUUAAACAUAGUACAAACUUGUAUAUACCUCUAUUUGUCUUUGGAAUGAAGUAUAUCGCUCCGCGAAGUCUAGGGCUCUCCUUGACUCGGGCAAGGUUUUCCACGCUUUGUGCCACACUCCCAGGUGGGCUCACGCCGAGCGGCCGCGGCACCCAGACGUCGUGGCUCAGCGGCAAACUCAAACUCGAUAUAAAUACCCCCUCCCCCACUUUUUCGUCCCUAACAACCCACUCUUUCUCUUCUCUCCAACACAGAUACUAUUGCCAAAUGUGUCGCCACGCUACUACCGGUGGAAGCUCCACCAUGUAUGUAUCUACAUUCUGUCGAAACGAAACCAACACAGGAUCGAAAAACGCCUCACAAAACAGGAGCAAGCGCCAUCGGGAUAGCAAUUGCAGUCCAAAGAGAGCCAAUAGUUACAGAGGCAAUUGUAUGCUCUUUUUUCUCUGGCCGUUUCUUGUUUUCCCUCAGUGGACUUUGGCAGGCAACUCUACCCAGCUCAUCCUAUCCGUUCCCUCGGACCGCCAGGUUCUUCCAACCAAUGUCAAGCCUACUAAGUACGACGUCACUAUGGAGCCUAACUUCUCCACCUUCAAGUUCGACGGCUCCAUCAAGAUCGACUUGGAUGUCAAGGAAGAUACCCACACCGUCACCGUCAACUCCUUGGAGAUUGAGAUCCACUCUGCCAAGAUCGCCGGCCAGGACGCCGCUUCCACCACUUUUGACGAGGACAAGCAGUCCGCCACCUUCACCUUUGCCGAAGAGUUGAAGGCCGGCACCACCGCUCAGUUGGAAUUGACCUUCACCGGUGUAUUGAACGACAAGAUGGCCGGUUUCUACCGUUCCACCUAUCAGGAGAAUGGCGAAACCAAGUACUUGGCCACCACCCAAAUGGAGCCUACCGAUUGUCGCCGUGCCUUCCCAUGUUUCGACGAGCCAGCCUUGAAGGCUGUGUUCGACAUCACGCUUAUCUCCGAUGAGAAACUCACCUGUUUGUCCAACAUGGAUGUCAAGAGCGAAAAGAAGUUGGCCGGCGGCAAGAAGGCUGUUUCCUUCAACUCCACGCCGCUCAUGUCCACCUACUUGGUUGCUUUUGUCAUCGGUGAGUUGAACUACAUCGAGACCGACGCCUACAGGGUUCCUAUCCGUGUCUACACCACCCCAGGGUUGGAAGAGCAGGGGAGAUUCUCCCUCGACUUGGCUGCCAAGACUUUAGCCUUCUUCGACAAGACCUUCGGUAUUGACUACCCAUUGCCAAAGAUGGACAUGAUUGCGAUCCAUGAUUUCAGUGCCGGUGCUAUGGAAAACUGGGGCUUGGUCACCUACAGAGUUGUGGACUUGUUGUUGGACCCCAAGACUUCUUCCUUGUCUACCCAACAGAGAGUCGCUGAGGUUGUCCAGCACGAGUUAGCCCACCAAUGGUUCGGUAACUUGGUCACCAUGGACUGGUGGGAGGGCUUAUGGUUGAACGAAGGGUUUGCCACCUGGAUGUCCUGGUACUCCUGCAACCAGUUCUACCCUGACUGGAAGGUCUGGGAACAAUACGUCACUGACUCCUUGCAAUCUGCCUUGAGCUUGGAUGCCUUGAGAGCCUCCCACCCAAUCGAGGUCCCAGUCAAGAGAGCCGAUGAGAUUAACCAGAUCUUCGACGCCAUCUCCUACGCCAAGGGCUCCUCCUUGUUGAAGAUGAUCUCCAGAUGGUUGGGCGAAGAGGUCUUCAUCAAGGGUGUCGCCAACUACUUGAAGAAGCACAAGUACAGCAACACCCAGACCGGCGACUUGUGGAAAGCUUUGUCUGAAGCUUCCGGCAAGGAUGUUGUCAAGGUCAUGGAUGUCUGGACCAAGAAGAUCGGGUACCCGGUCGUCAGUGUCACUGAAAAGGACAACGAGUUGACCGUGAAGCAGAACCGUUACUUGACCACUGGUGAUGUCAAGCCAGAAGAGGACGAGACCAUCUACCCUGUCUUUUUGGGCUUGAGAACCGCUGCCGGUAUCGACGAAUCAGUGGUUUUGGACUCCCGUGAAAAGACCCUCACUUUAGACGACGCCUCUUUCUUCAAGAUUAACGGUGACCAGGCCGGUGUUUACAGAACAAACUACACCCCAGAGCGUUGGGUUAAGUUGGGUGAAGCCGGUCGUCAAGGCUUGUUGUCGGUUGAGGACCGUGCCGGUUUGGUUGCCGAUGCCGGUGCUUUGUGUGUCUCCGGCUACUCCUCCACUACCAACUUGUUGUCUUUGGUUUCUGGCUGGAAGCAGGAGCAGAGUUUUGUGGUUUGGGAUGAAAUUAUCACCCGUAUUACUUCUCUCCGUGCCGCCUUCCUCUUUGAAGACGUGGAAACUAGAGAUGCCUUGAAGGCUUUGACCCGUGCGUUGAUUAGCGAGAAGGCCCACGUUUUGGGCUGGGAGUUCAAGGAAACCGAUGGCUUCUUGGAGCAACAAUUGAAGGCUCUUGUCUUUGCUGCCGCUGUUGGUGCCAAGGACGAAGAGUUGGUGGCUGUUGCCCAGGACUUGUUCCAGAAGUACGUUGCUGGUGACAAGUCUGCUGUCCACCCUAACAUCCGUGCCUCUGUGUUCUCCACUGUUGCUGCCACUGGCGGUGCCGAGGAGUAUGAUCAGAUCUACCACAUCUACCACAAUGCUAUCUCUGUUGAUGAGAAGAUCACUGCUUUGAGGACCUUGGGUAGAUUCGAACAGCCAGAGUUGAUCCAGAAGACUUUGAACAUCUUAUUGGACAGCUCUAUCGUCAAGGCUCAGGAUGUUUACAUCCCAAUGCAAGGUCUCCGCUCCCACUCUGCCGGUAUUGAAGCUUUGUGGACCUGGAUGCAGGCCAACUGGGACGAGAUUUACAAGUUGUUGCCCCCAGGAUUGUCCAUGUUGGGCUCUGUUGUGCAAAUCUGUACCUCUGGGUUCUCUUCCGAAGAGAAGAAGGAGGAAAUCAGAGCCUACUUUGCCACUAAGAGCACCAAGGGCUUUGAUCAGGGUUUAACCCAGUCUUUGGACAGCAUUCAGUCCAAGGCCAACUGGAUCAAGAGAGACAGCGCUUCCAUCAAGGAGUGGUUGACCACUAACGGCUACAAGAAAUGAACCACCUUAGUGAAACUUUAAACGGGUUUGAGCAGUCUUCUAUAUGAAUCUAAUGAUAUUGCGAAUGGGAACGGGUGUAGUUGCAUACGUGUGUUGAUAUAUAGAGAGUAAACGGCAGACAAGGAGGUAUAGGCUUAUAACGGCCUAUUUUUAUUUUGAGUUAUUCAUUGUGGUUUGCUUUAUCAACGUUAGCUCUGUCAUACUUAAGUUUCAGGUCAAAAAAAAAAACAAAAAAACAUACAUACAAACCAUU